AGUCCUUGUGGUGUAAGAAUGGCUGUCUGGUUGUGGAUCCGCUGUAUUUUAGGGCCUCAUCUGCAACGAAUUCACCGUCCAGUGGAUCAACCUCGGCCCGAAGGCCGGGCGACAAGAAGGCAGGGAUGGAGCUACCAACCUUCGACUCUGGAGAGGCACACAGACAGCAUCCUCGGUUGGGCUUCAGCACUGUGGUCCCUGUCUUACUACAGCUCCCCUCUGCUGCUCUGCUAUCUCUACAGGAAAGGUUACAUCUGCAGCAGUAAGCUGGUUCCUGUCAGUCAGUAUGUGGGAACUGUACUGGUGUGUCUUAUUGGAGUGGCUUGUCUUCGAGGGUUUGGGAGGUGGAAAAACUCAGAAUAUCUUCAGUUCAUCACUAUUCUUGAAGAAACCAAGAAGGAGCACACACCAGCAAACAAAAAAAACGUGAGGUGCUAUGACUUUGACUUCUCACACUGGCCUUCGGAUUUCAGCUGGACAGAAGUCAGCAAUCCGAAACUUUCCAAGGCUGGUGUUUCUCUGCUGAAGCCAGAGCCCAGAUUAAGAGGAGCAGCAGACAGUGUCCUGAACUCUGUACGCACGCUACCAUGCCACAUCAUCAGCUUCCUAAUUUCCCACUCAUUUGGGAGGAGGAUGCUGUACCCAGGCUCUGUGGGUUUGCUGCAGAAAGCCAUGAGGCCCAUGCUCCAGCAAGGCCAGGCUAGGUUAAUAGAGGAGUUUGACGGUCAAAGGAACAAGCUGGUGGCGUGCGAUGGUAAUGAGAUUGACACAAUGUUUGUGGAUCGUCGGCGAGAUGGAGGACAGAAAGGCCAGACUCUGGUUAUCUGCUGUGAGGGGAACGCAGGCUUCUAUGAGGUGGGCUGCAUGAACACUCCACUUGAGGGUGGAUACUCUGUUCUGGGCUGGAAUCACCCUGGCUUUGGAGGUAGUACAGGAGUGCCAUUUCCCCAGAAUGAGGCCAAUGCCAUGGAUGUAGUUAUCCAGUUUGCAAUGCACAAGUUGGGCUUUGAGCUCAAAGAUAUUGUGGUGUAUGCCUGGUCCAUUGGAGGAUUCACAGCCAGCUGGGCGGUAAUGUCAUACCCAGAGAUUCAAUCAGUAGUGUUAGAUGCAUCCUUUGAUGACCUUCUGCCUCUGGCCCUCAAGGUCAUGCCUGACAGCUGGAGGCCUUUGGUGCAGCACACAGUCAGGCAGUACAUGAACCUCAAUAACGCUGAGCAGCUUCUCAAAUACCAGGGUCCCGUCCUUCUGAUCAGGAGAACAAAAGAUGAGAUCAUCACAACCACGGGGCCAGAGGACGUCAUGUCUAACAGAGGCAACGACCUCCUGCUCAAACUGCUACAAUUCAGGUACCCAAAGAUAAUGUCAGAUGAAGGAAUUAGAGCUGUCAGACAUUGGCUUGGGUCUUCUAACCAGUUAGAAGAAGCGUCCGUGUACAGCAGCUACGAGGUGGAUGAUGACUGGUGUGUGUCUGUGCUGCAGUCGUAUCAGGCAGACAGAGAUGUUGUGUUUCCAUGGAGUGUUGGUGAGGAUAUGACUCCAGAGGGAAGGCGGCAGCUGGCUCUUUUCUUGGCACGGAAGUACAUGCGAAACUUUGAAACAACACACUGCACUCCUCUCCCCGCCUCUGAGUUUCAGCCACCCUGGAGACUGUGAAGAAACAGAGGGAUGGAUGAGGGGAAAUGAACAGAGGAGAUUCAGAUGGCCUGUGGUCAGAGUGUGUUCCUGGCAUGGUGUGAAUGUAUAACUGUGAUUUUGUUCCAGAUAUUUUUUGCCCUUAAGUAAUAUUUGUUAACUUUAGUGUUGCUGUGGGAGCAUCUGGAAAGAUCCAAUCUACUAACGCCCCCAUCCAAAAAAAACCUGUAAAAUAUGGUUUAUGUUUUCCUUUCCGAGGUUAGUGUUGAGUCACACUUUUCAGUGUUUGUCCUCUUUUUUUUUAAAGGAUGCAUAAUAUGUGGAUGCACAAGCCAACUCACUCCUUCCAUUGUUCUGUCUUUGGCUGCAUUUAUAAAGAAGCAACUCUACAUAGACAAGCACUAUGAUAAUUAAAUAGCAUAAUAUAAUCCUAUCAGAAUCCAGUAGGAGGGUUUUUAAUCUUUAAAAAUGCAGCCAAAGUGUAAAAGCUUUCAGUUUUUUAUUUUGUGUUCACUGUCUUUAAGGAAAAAGCUGUAUCUGAAAUUAAGCUCUACAUGUCCUUUCAUGUAUGCUGAAUAAAAAUGUUUGACAUAA